AAUCAGUUGCUCUUACACUGUUACUCAAAAUGAUUCUUGUUUUACCACUGAUCGUUGUGUUUUUAUUUAUUCUUUACUACUACUUGACAUGGCCGUACGAUUACUGGAAAAAACAAGGUAUGGAAUAUGCGAAGACAAUCGUCCCGGGAUUUGGCAAUACUUUGCCGAUGCUACUCUUUCGUGAAAAUUUAAAUUUCAUCAGUGACAGAAUUUACAGAAAUUGCUCGCCCAACGCGAGUAUGAUUGGCAUGUUCCAUUUGCGGACUCCAACUCUGAUUGUCCGAGAUCCAGAAUUAGUACAAAAAGUAUUAGUUACAAAAUUUGCUGCUUUUGAAAAUAAUUUAGUAUAUCUCGACGAGCAUCGCGACGAAUUCUUAUCAAAAAAUCCUUUCUUCGCUGUCGGUGAGACUUGGAAGAAUAGUCGCAAACUUGUAAUCAGCGGAAUGUCGCAAAAAAAGCUCAAACUUAUAUUACAAUUUAUGCAACGAGUGUCUGUUUGUUUCGAUGAACAUUUCGAUCGCAUUAAUCAUUCAGAAAUUGAAUUAAGAGAUAUGUGCUACAGAUUAAUCUGUGAAAUCAUUUUCCAGGUUGGAUUUGGUAUAAAACCUGAAGGCAAUUUUGACGUGAUGAUAAAUAAAAUGUUUGAAUCUACAUGGUUUCGAGCUAUUAGACAGUUGCUAAAUUUUUUUUUACGUAGUUCAGCUAAAGUCACUGGUAUCAGUUUUAUGCCAAUAGAGUCACAACGAUUUUUCAAAUAUUUAUCAAAAAAUAUCAUCGAAAAUUAUAAAAUGGAAAAAGAAAGGAAUUACGGAGAUUUGCUGCACAUGAUUAUAGAAAAUUUUGAAGAUGUAAAUGAUGUAAAUGAAAAUAUGGUAUUGAGCAUAUUGAGUUCUGUGCUUUUUAACGGAUUCGAUACUGUGACCAACGUAGCGAUAAAUGUUCUUUAUAGAUUAGCAUGGAACCAAAGAAUACAAGAUAAUUUACGUAAAGAGAUUCUCGAUACUUUAGAUUCAUGUAACGGAGAAUUGACGUACGAAUCUAUAAAGGAAAUGUCUUACAUUGAUAAUGUAAUUAACGAGACACUAAGACUGAAUCCAAUAUUGGAAAUUAAUGCGAAAAUCUGCACUACAACAACGACACUCGAGGGAUCGGACGGUCAAAAAUGCACUCUCCAACCCGGAAAUAUAGUCAUUAUACCCACCAAAAGUCUACACAAGGAUGAAAAAUAUUGGGAUAACCCCCAUGUGUUCAAUCCAGAUAGAUUUAAUAAAAAUGAAGUGACGAAGUUCGUGUUUCUUCCAUUUGGCAAAGGCCCAAGAAUGUGCCCAGGGAUGAGGUUCGGUUUAUUGGAAAUAAAAGUACUUUUAAUCUCGGUUUUACAAAAAUUCAAAAUUAAAACCACAGAUAAGACAGUGACUUCUUUGGAAAUGGAUCAACGGAGUUUUCUACCAGCUGUAAAAGGAAAAAUACUUGUACAAUUGGAAAAAAUCUAAAAUAGAAAGCAUGCUUCGACUGAUUUUUAUUAAAAAUAAAAUAGAGAUGUACUUAAUAAAUAAGUAAUAUA